CACCAUGCACGAAUGGACUUUUCAAAGAGAUAACUGUUCCAACCUGGCGAGGAAGGUGAAAAUGUUCAACGACCGCGAUAUGGUCAAACUAGACUUACGGGCUAUGAAUUGGGAGAAAUAUGUUGCAAUUUACCAAAUGGGAGUUAGGAAAUUUAUUCUGAAACAAGACUUUAAGUCAACAGCCCGACUACGAUUAUCAAGAUUGUACUGGAUACAUCAGAUCACCAAAAUGUGCAGUAUAACGAUCUUACUAUGGAUAAUAUACCGUGUCGUGUACUAACUAUUUGAACCUUAUUUUUUCUGUUUAAACCAGAGGAAUACAAAUUCAAUUUUAUGAAGAAGGGA